CUUGAAGAGCAUCACUAGAAGAAGAAGAAAAAAUGGGUGUGAAAACAUUUACUCACAGCUCCUCUUCCCACAGCCAGGAAAUGCUGGGAAAACUAAAUAUGCUACGAAAUGAUGGACAUUUUUGUGAUAUCACUAUUCGUGUCCAGGACAAAGUCUUCCGGGCUCACAAGGUGGUACUAGCAGCUUGCAGUGAUUUCUUUCGAACGAAACUUGUAGGCCAAACAGAGGAUGAGAACAAAAAUGUGUUGGAUCUGCAUCACGUUACAGUGACUGGCUUUAUACCCCUUUUAGAAUAUGCUUACACAGCAACUCUGUCAAUUAACACGGAAAAUAUUAUUGAUGUUCUAGCUGCAGCCAGCUAUAUGCAAAUGUUUAGUGUUGCUAGUACCUGCUCAGAGUUCAUGAAAUCAAGUAUUUUGUGGAAUACGCCUAAUAGCCAACCAGAAAAGGGUCUAGAUGCUGGGCAAGAAAAUAGUUCCAACUGCAAUUUUACUUCUCGAGAUGGAAGCAUUUCUCCAGUGUCUUCAGAGUGCAGUGUUGUGGAAAGAACCAUUCCUGUCUGCCGAGAGUCCAGGAGAAAACGCAAAAGCUACAUUGUUAUGUCUCCUGAGAGUCCUGUGAAAUGUAGCAUACAAACAAGUUCCCCCCAGGUAUUGAAUUCUUCAGCUUCCUAUGCAGAAAAUAGAAACCAGCCAGUUGAUUCUUCUUUAGCAUUUCCAUGGACUUUCCCUUUUGGAAUGGAUCGAAGGAUUCAGCCUGAGAAGGCAAAGCAGGCAGAAAAUACCCGGACUUUAGAAUUGCCUGGCCCAUCUGAGGCAGGCAGAAGAAUGGCUGAUUAUGUGACUUGUGAGAGCACAAAAACUAGCUUGCCUAUAGAGACAGAAGAAGAUGUCCAAGUCAAAGUAGAAAGAUUAAGUGAUGAGGAAGUCCAUGAGGAAGCGUCCCAGCCUGUCAGUGCAUCUCAGAGCUCACUGAGUGAUCAGCAGACAGUACCAGGAAGUGAACCAGUGCAAGAGGACCUUCUGAUUAGUCCACAGUCUUCCUCUAUAGGCUCAGUAGAUGAAGGCGUUACAGAGGGUUUGCCUACACUUCAGAGCACUUCUAGCACCAAUGCUCAUGCAGAUGAUGACGACAGAUUGGAAAAUGUUCAGUAUCCCUACCAACUCUACAUUGCUCCUUCUACCAGCAGUACAGAACGGCCAAGUCCAAACGGUCCAGACAGACCUUUUCAAUGUCUAACCUGUGGGGUUCGAUUCACCCGUAUUCAGAACCUAAAACAGCACAUGCUUAUCCACUCAGGAAUUAAACCAUUUCAGUGUGACCGCUGUGGAAAAAAGUUCACCAGGGCUUACUCGCUAAAGAUGCAUCGCCUAAAGCAUGAAGGUAAACGCUGUUUCCGGUGCCAGAUAUGUAGUGCCACUUUCACUUCCUUCGGGGAAUAUAAACACCAUAUGAGGGUUUCCCGGCACAUUAUCCGCAAGCCUCGGAUUUACGAGUGCAAAACAUGUGGCGCCAUGUUCACCAACUCUGGAAAUUUAAUCGUGCACCUGAGGAGUCUGAACCAUGAAGCAUCAGAGCUAGCAAACUACUUCCAGAGCAGUGAUUUCUUAGUACCGGACUACUUAAACCAGGAGCAAGAAGAGACCUUUGUUCAAUAUGAUCUUGGAGAACACAGUUUUGAAAGCAACUCUUCUGUUCAAAUGCCUGUGAUUUCACAGGUUUCCUCAACCCAGAACUGUGAAAGCACUUUCCCCCUGGGGUCACUUGGUGGGCUUGCAGAAAAGGAGGAGGAAGUGCAAGAGCAGCCAACGGCCAGUGCUCAUGCUGAGGUUGCCAGAGAUGACCCCCCCAAGUCAGAGCUGUCUUCUGUAACGAUUGAGUAACUGUGAUUGGCCUCGGUCUGGUUUUUGGAAAGUGCCUGUGCUUGGUCUUAUUUGUUUAAAUUUAAUUUUUUAAACAAGGAAGGGUUCCGUUUGUAAGCCCUGAAACUGGAGGGUUGCUUUGUUUUGUUUUUUUAUAGAUGAGAGUUUGCUUCUGAAGUAUACAGUGAGGUAACAUUGAAACAGAACAACUCUGAGGCUUAAGGAAAAGCAGCUGAUUUAACACAUGACAGCUCUUUCUUCUGUU